GCGUAGUGUGCGUGUGAAAGGCGGGGGAGCGGGCCGGGGCCCGUGGUGUUUGACCCGGCUGUCGGUGCGUAAGAAGAAAGGGAAGGAGGAGGUCCAGAGUAGCCGUUGCCGAAAUGUUCCGGUGUGGAGGCCUUGCGGCGGGUGCUUUGAAGCAGAAGUUGGUGCCCUUGGUGCGGACAGUGUGCGUCCGAAGCCCGAGGCAAAGGAACCGGCUCCCAGGCAACUUGUUCCAGCGAUGGCAUGUUCCCCUAGAACUCCAGAUGACAAGACAAAUGGCUAGCUCUGGUGCCUCAGGGGGCAAAAUCGAUAAUUCUGUGUUAGUCCUUAUUGUGGGCUUAUCAACAAUAGGAGCUGGUGCAUAUGCCUACAAGACGAUAAAAGAUGACAAAAAAAGAUAUGAUGAAAGAAUGUCAGGGUUAGGGCUGACACCAGAAGAGAAGCAGAAAAGGGCCACAGCAUCUGCUCCAGAAGGAGAGCCAGUUUCUCAAGUCAGGGUACCCAGUCAUGUUCCUUUCCUGCUUAUCGGUGGAGGCACUGCUGCUUUUGCUGCAGCCAGAUCCAUCCGUGCUCGGGAUCCUGGGGCCAGGGUACUGAUUGUAUCUGAAGAUCCAGAACUGCCAUACAUGCGACCUCCUCUUUCAAAAGAACUGUGGUUUUCAGAUGAUCCAAAUGUCACAAAGACACUACGAUUCAAACAGUGGAAUGGAAAAGAAAGAAGCAUAUACUUCCAGCCACCUUCUUUCUAUGUCUCUGCUCAGGACCUGCCUCACAUUGAGAAUGGCGGUGUGGCUGUCCUCACUGGGAAGAAGGUAGUACAGCUGGAUGUGAGAGGCAACAUGGUGAAACUUAAUGAUGGCUCUCAAAUCACCUAUGAAAAGUGCUUGAUUGCCACAGGAGGCACGCCAAGAAAUCUCUCUGCCAUUGACAGGGCUGGAGCAGAGGUGAAGAGCAGAACGACACUUUUCCGAAAGAUUGGAGACUUUAGAGCCUUGGAGAAGAUUUCUCGAGAAGUCAAAUCGAUUACGAUUAUCGGUGGGGGCUUCCUGGGUAGUGAACUGGCCUGUGCCCUUGGUAGAAAAGCUCGAGCCUCGGGCAAAGAAGUGAUUCAACUCUUCCCUGAGAAAGGAAAUAUGGGAAAGAUCCUCCCUGAAUACCUCAGCAACUGGACCAUGGAAAAAGUCAGACGAGAGGGUGUUAAGGUGAUGCCCAAUGCGAUUGUGCAGUCAGUUGGAGUCAGCGGUGGCAAGUUGCUCAUCAAGCUGAAAGAUGGCAGGAAGGUAGAAACUGACCACAUAGUGGCAGCUGUGGGCCUGGAGCCCAAUGUUGAAUUGGCCAAGACAGGUGGACUGGAAAUAGACUCAGAUUUUGGUGGCUUCCGGGUAAAUGCAGAACUACAAGCACGCUCUAACAUCUGGGUGGCAGGGGAUGCUGCAUGCUUCUAUGAUAUAAAGUUGGGAAGGAGACGAGUAGAGCACCAUGAUCAUGCUGUUGUAAGUGGAAGACUGGCUGGAGAAAAUAUGACUGGAGCUGCUAAGCCAUACUGGCAUCAGUCAAUGUUCUGGAGUGACUUGGGCCCCGAUGUUGGCUAUGAAGCUAUCGGGCUUGUGGACAGCAGUUUGCCCACAGUUGGGGUUUUUGCAAAAGCAACUGCACAAGACAGCCCAAAGUCUGCCACGGAGCAGUCAGGAACAGGUAUCCGAUCGGAGAGUGAGACAGAGCUGGAGGCCUCAGAAAUCACGAUUCCUCCCAGCACCCCUGGUGUCCCACAGGCCCCAGCCCAGGGGGAGGACUAUGGCAAAGGUGUCAUCUUCUACCUCAGGGACAAAGUGGUGGUGGGGAUCGUGCUGUGGAACAUCUUUAACCGAAUGCCAAUAGCAAGGAAGAUCAUUAAGGAUGGCGAGCAACACGAAGACCUCAAUGAAGUAGCCAAACUGUUCAACAUCCACGAAGACUGAAGCCCUGUAAUGGAGUAGGCCAGCACGUCUUCCUCCCCGACUGUGGCUUGGAUGGGCAAAGGAGCGGGGUUUUUUUAAUUAUUAUUAUUAUUCAGCAAACUUUCUCUGGUGUAGAAGUGUGAAUGAUCAAUUCCCUUGGGAAUAUUUUCAGCCACAUAGGCAAAUUCUUAAUGUUCACAUCAUGAAAUAAAAUCUGAUUCUUCUAAA